AUGGCAUAUUUUUUCCCGGAUCAAUGGUCCGGAAGUACUCAUCCAAACAUAAUGGUUUGAUUUGGGGAAAACCAAUGUAUGUUAUUGAUUUUUUUUCAGACUCAUGAAGUUAAUUACAAUAAUUCGAAUGGCGUUGUCUAUUCCGAUCCAACGGCCGAGGAAGGUCGAAAGUUAUUCGACGAGUUUUUUGUCACGGGUUUUUUUUUGAAAUCUUGAUAAAUUGUUUGGUAGAAGAUUUUUCAGAAAAGCCAAUGAUUGUUCAAAAAGUUCACAAUCCAUACGUUCCGAUUGAAGCCUCGCAAAGAUUUGGUUGGUGGGAAUUUUAUUUUUUUUUUCCAGUAUAUUUCAGUUUUUUUGAUGCAAAAACCCGCAUUUUAAAAAGAAAAAUAAUCGUUUGAAUUCUUCCUUAACUCGAAAAAAAAACCGAAAAUUCACAAAAAAGUACAUUAUUCAGGAACGUCAGAGUGGCCCACUAGAGGAAUCCAGGAAACCUAUAAGAGAUAGAAAAAUGCUCACAAGAGGGCUAAAAAUUUAUGGUCCUUAAAAGACUUUAAGGCGAAACCCCUAAACCACUUAACUGGUCCAUAUAACUGUCUCUGAUAUUUUUUGACCUAUUUCGAAGUAAAAAGCACCCCUGAAGUGGUCACUUUUGCAAGUUCUAGUGCCCCCUAUUGGGGUAUAGCUCGGCUGGCUUGAACCAUCAAAAAAUGGGUCCUGACACGAUAAGAAAACGAGACAGUGCCUUCUUAGUGGAGGGCGCAGAGAAGCCACGCCCCCUUGCCGACCCAAGUCUCUUGAGGAUGACUCUAAAAAGCUCCUAAGGUAGCCCCUCUAGGGACCACUUUGAUGUUCCAAAACGAGGUUUUUUAUGAACUGGUAUUUUUCAGAAAAACCCGAAGAAUUAGCGCCGAUCCAGAAGUUGUCCUCAGACAAUAUCUACUACAGGAAUGGACUCGGCGGAAGUAACAUUAAAUAUUUUUUUUUUUGAUUAACCGAAAAAAUUGCUCCAGACGACAGCAACCAUCCAUCGGACCAUGACGACGGACAUUUACCGGAUUUAGAUAAUUUUAAUCCGGACAUCGAAAUGGGCAAAAGCCUCGGUAGGCCUGAUGAAUUUUCUGAAAGAGUGAAACUUCAUUUCCAGACGAAGAAGUCGGUUUUAUCGCUUGCGAAAGUCCGCUUCUCCCAGCAGAACAUAAAGUUGAAGGUAUUCUUCUGAACUUUUGGUACUCUACUUGAAGCUGCGCCCGACCUUGAGCGAGUUCGAGCGAGUAGUUUUUUCAAGGAAGUGGUGAAUAGACUUUCAUAGUCCGUCGCCAUUUUUCGAAUGUCUGCGUCUCUCUGUUCCCUCACCGGAGAGGUCAGAGAAACAUCAAAAUAGCACGCCAAGAUGAAGAGGGUGCAGAGAAGUCCCAGCCUUUCAGUUCACGAAAAAGUGGCUAUAAAUGUUCAUUUCAUUCAUUUUUGUCCUGAAAAAUAGCUCAAAACGUUUUUAUUCCUUCCUCUACGACUCGAUAAUGUCUGACAUGUCUGCGCUCUCUGUUCCCUCACCGACGAGGUCGUGAUAAUGCAGUUAGAAAUGAGAGAGACGCAGAGAAAUUAACAGCGAAACAUUUUGCGAAAAUAUUUUUUGAUUAUUAAGAUGAUCUGUAAAAAAUAAGCGACAUUGUUUGGUGUUUUUCGUAGAGAAAAAAGAUUGAAUUCCCGUUAAAUGCGCGCUUCGCGGGUAGGUUGCUCUACGGAUAAAACGAAACGUCAUUUUUUGAUUUUUUUUUUCUUUUCUUUUUCCGCUGAAUAUGUGCUUCAAAAUUUGCUUUUCGACAGACUUAAUGCCGUGUUCAAUUUUGAUUCCACGAAAUCCAAAAAUUGACUCUCCAAAAAUUUAGUGGUCUUUUCCUGUCUCUAACGGGUAUUUUGCAUUUCGCGGAAUCAAAUUGAACACGGCAUAAGUAAUUUUUUUAGUUAUUAUUUUGUGAAAUUGAAUAAUUGAAGUCGACAACAAUGCGAAUGGGGCCAUUUGUCGCGAGUUUCUCCAAGAGAAAAGCAAAAGACGUCAGUACGGUAACCGUAAGCCGAGAUCGUGUCUCAAGAGGAUCGUCCCUCAGGUAAAUGAUUUUUGAAAACGAGACUUUAUUUUUGUAUAUUUUAUUAAUUGAAUAAACUUCUAUAAAAUUCGUCGAUUUUUUUGUCGAUUUUUUUAGCGGUCCUCACAAGGUAAUUAUAUAAAGUUGUUUGAAGAACUAAGUUCAGAUUAUCGAAUUUUCAAAGCAUUGUGAAAAAGGCCCCUGGAUAUUCUAAUGCUUUUGUUAAUUUUCAGAGGAUAAAUUUUUAAACAGUCUUUUUUUCGAAAUGUGCGAAGUAUUUGGAUACUUUAAGGUCCUUUUCGACUCAAAAAGAAUAUGAAAAAAAAAAUUAAAAUGCUUGGAAUAGUCCGCCAGUAUCCCCAGUCAAUAUAAAUUUUGUUCAACUUUUCGAUUCUAUUUUCGAAAAUUCGAAAAAUGGCGAAAACGCGAGUUCCUUCGAACUCAACGGGGCGCGUGUCAACCUCGGACGAAAAUUAACAUUUGUUCAGUUAUUUGAAGGAAUCUUUGUCCGAUUUCCAGAGAACUAUAAUGCUUCGAAGAGUCCCAAUCGAUUUUUUGAAUUUAUCUUUAUUUAUCAUCUUCCAGACGCCACAGGAGAAAAAACAAGAAUCGGCUAGAAUCUCACGCGCUUACACAAAUCGCAACAACCAGGAGAUCAAGACGUGCGAACAGACGAUCCCUAUUCUGAAGGCCAACCUCAGGAAGGAGGAGCUCGAACUCCACACGAUCUUUGAGGAUAGAGAGGUUCGGAUUUUUGAGGAUUUUCGGAUAAGUCUUGAAGCAAUGAGAAACCGCCGGUGUCUGAUUAUGUUUUCAGUGGGCAGGACAUUUGCAAUGUAGGCGCGGUUUAUUGCAAGAGAGGCGCGGUAAUGAGAGCCCACUUUUGUGAAUUUACUGGAUCGGAGAAUAACUUCAAAUAAUGGACUUCUGACUUCUAGAGAAGCCUCGAAUUUUUCCCGAAUUAUCCUUUUUUGGAACAUUGAGCUGGAUAUGAAUUAUUUUUGAGACCUGUAGAAAUGGAGAAAUUAUAUAUAAGAAUUUCUCAAUGUCAUACGGAAAAGAGAAAUUAAAAAUGCUCAUUUCGACCUUUUCAAGCCAUUUUUUUGUAAUUUAUCGGUUGAAAAACAGCUUCAAGGCAUUUUUCAGGUCGAGAAGAAGAUCUCUGCUCUGUUGACUGUUGCUCGAGAGCUGAGAAACGACGGAUGGGAUCCGAUCGAACGGGACGUCUGCCAGAAAGUUAUUGGUGAGAUUUCUUUUGAGUAUGUGACCGAAUAGCCGAGUAGUUUGAGAAAAUAGCUUAGAAAAAAGGCCAAAAGCUCAGGUACUGAUGUCGCCUCAGGCGACGCGCCGGUUAUCAAUUUUCUUUUUUUACUUUUCUUGUUCCUAUAAUUUAAUGAGUUUCGCCUUUUUCACAAUAUGCCUUUUUCUCAUAGUGCGUAUCAUAUUAUAACAAUUAUCGCUUGAAGAUAAAGUUUGAAACACGUUUGAAGGUUUGAGCAAGGAUACUAAUACGGUUAUGAAAAAAAUUAUAUUUUAUUAUAAAAUUUAUCAUUAAAAUAAAAAAAUGAAACGCGCUUGAAAAAAAGGUUUUUUUCGGCUCAAAAAAACGAAAAAUAAAGACCAGAAAAAAAUGGUCUGGACGGGCCACAACAGUAAGUGCGCUCCAUGGCUAAUUGAAAAUUUUUUUAGGAAAUUGGAGUUUGUUACAUGAAUUUUUUUGUUUUUAAAAAAAGUUACUUAUAGCUUUGCAAUAUUAUCAUCUCAAACGUAAUUUUUUUUUAACCGUACAUUUUUUUUUAUCAAAAAGUGGACAAAUUACAGAAUUCGAGUCCAAGAAACAAUCUAUCAUCUACAAUAACGAAGUUAUUCCACAGCCCCGUCAGGUUAAUUUGUAACUUUUCAUUUAUUUAUUUUGUAUAAUUUCCAAAAUUUUCCAGGAGAAGAUCAAAGAGCUGGAAUAUGUUUUCGAUGAGAUCGUCGAUCAACAGAACAAGGCUGUAGGGUUUAUCGAUUUAUUGAUUUAUCGAUUUUCUUCAUUUAGGUGGAGCAAAAGGACAAGAACACUAUUGCGUCGCGGAAAAGUCGGCUGGGAAAUAGAUUGAAGCGUGAGAAAUUGAACAACGAGGUGGAAGUUUUGGAGAAGGUUUGAAGCAUCAUUUUCAUGAGAUUCAAUGAAAAUCGGGGUUUUUCAGAUGAUUGAGAUUGCGAGAAAGAAGAAGAACGAGGUCUUCAAUCUUCAGGCUUUUUUCAAAGAAAAGGUACUGUUUUUAAGCUAAAAGCAAGCUCAAAAAUAUAUUUGUAUCAAAACUUUCUGAUGAUAUGCACCAGAGAUUAUUUAUUGAUGGUACGACUCAGGGGAAAAUCGGUAUGCUAGCACGCAAGAACCAGUUGAGAGAGCACGGUGAACCUGGAGGGACCAGACUCCUUUGCUGGCCUGCGGUCACAUACGCGCGUUUUUGUUAGUGAAAGAAAAUGCGAAACCAAAAACACGGUGGGCGGAGCCAGAAUAUCCGCCGUUCCCACGUGACGUCAUGGGAACGGCAGGCAUUUCGGCUCUAAGAACGUAAAUAACAAGUCAUUUUAAAGGCGCAGGCCGCCGUAUUGCCAGAGGUCUUUAAGCGAAUCGAAAUGUCUCUACCUUAUCGCAAUUCUCUGCGCGAAAGCGACGCAGUGCAUGCACACGACACACGACACUUUACGGAGAAAAAGUGGGCGUGGCGUCGUCGAAAAAAAAAUUUAACGCCUCUUUUUGGAUCUCCCAAAAGUUAUUUUGGACUGUGCUUUUCAGAAAAAUGAACGAUUUUUCUAAAAAUUUCUAUCAUACACUUUUUGUUUCAUAGAUCUGACUCAAAAAUUUGAGUCGGAAAUCUAAGAAAGAUAAUUUUACCUAUUGAUUGGUACCGUAUUACACUGUUUUGUAUCAAUAUAGGCUGAAAAGGGCCUUUCGAAAUCUAAUUUUGAAAAAAAAAAUAUAUAUCGUUGAAAUCGUUGUGAAAAGCUUUAGAAAUAGCAGUUCAUUUCAUUUUUUUGCAUAUUUGGAAGUUUUACAGAUGGCCGGAAAUGCUCAAAUCAUCUCCAACGUCCUCAAGAACAGCAACUUCCAGGACGUCCAAUGGGAGUACUUCCAUUGGUCUUACAAGUUCUUUUUCCCUUCCUGAAAUAAAUUCUGAAAAAAUAACUUAUAAGCCAUUUUGAUGCUAGUGAAAUGGUUCAUGUAGAAAUAAAUCAUUUAUUUUUUUCUUUUUUUCUGUAUAGUCGAUGUGCCACGACUUGAAAUUUCAUGGAACGACACUCCGUUGGGUGGCCGUGGCCGUGAAAGCGCCUUGCCUUUGCGAAUUUCGGUCGCGCUUUCCAUUUUUUUCUUUUAUUUGAAAUUUCCAUUAUUUUUAAUUAUGUUUUUAAUAGUUUUUCUUCGUGCCAAACUCAUAAUUAUCUUUUUCUAGUGGAUAGACUGUUUCAUUGAUAAAAAAAUAAAAUAGCGUAAUUUUUCGAAUUUUUAAGAGAAAAUGCGUUUAUAACAUUUGAAAAUUUUUUUCAUGAGAUGGUCUUUGGUUUUUGUUCAAUAUAUUCCGUUAUUUAACCUUCAUUGAGCCUUUAUCGACAUUUCUUUUUUCAUUUCAAAUAAUUUAAAAAAUAAAAACGAGAAAAAACAAUAUUGAAGCGAUUGACGAAUACAUGAAGUUUUUUUCAAAUUUUUUUAAAUCGCUUUUUUUCGAGAAAGAUCAUGAAAUUUACUGUGUUCUUUCGUUUACAUUUGUACAAUACAAUCCUUUUCAACGAUAGUAAUACAUUUUAACGGAAUAAAACAAUAAAAAAACGAUCAAAAUUAGAAUUAAAACCAAAAAAAAAUUAGCGUGGCCGAGGUUGGCAAAUUCGCAAGAUGCGCGCUACCGCACAAAUCGAAACGGCGGAGUGUCGUUUCAUGAAAUUUCAACUUGUGGCACAUCGACUAUACUGGUUUCUUUGACUUUGUCUGUACUGUUGUAAUAUUUCUCACAUGUUCUGCCCUACUGAGUUUUUACGGUUUUUGGAACAAAAUUCAUUUGUUUUUUCUUUAUUUAACAGAAUCAUAUUGAUAUAGUUCUCUAGUUACUGUACUAACAAGUUUUUGUUCAUUAUUUGUCCGGUUUCCUUAAUAAAAAUACGAUUUUGGUGGAAGAAUCGCGUGACUUUCUUGGCGUUGUUUGUCUCUUUAUCAAUAUAUAUAUAUAUAUAUAUAUAUAUAUAUAUAUAUAUAUAUCAGUUUUUUUAUCAGUUAUAUAUAUCAGUUUUUUUAUCAGUUAUACUUUUUUUAUCAGUUAUAUAUAUAUAUAUAUAUAUAUAUAUAUAUAUAUAUAACUGAUAAAAAAGAGCGUUCUCAAACUGGCGGCAUUCGCAUAGUGGCCACACAGGCAAAGUCCAAACGACCUCAAAAAGAAGAUCCUAAAGCUUCUUUUUGAGUUCCAAAAAAGUGUCCAAAGUUUCUAGAAUUCUUCUUUUUCACCUUUUUUCCGCCUUAUUUUUUAAAGACUCUUUGAAAGGUCCUUUUCAGAAAAAGAUCUAGAAAAAAAGGCGCAUUUGAAACCUUCUAAAGGCCUUUUUUCCAAAAGUCCUUUUUUAGACCUUUUGGACUUUGCCCGUGCUAUCAAGUCUUCCAAAUUUUUAGCAUUUUAAAGGCUAAAAAAUGGUUGAAAAGGGGAGAAGCAGCAAAAAUGGUUCAUAAGAGCUGAUGAAAUGCCGCAAAAAGGCAGCAAAAAAGGAACCUUUGUCGUCUAAAAAGGAAUAUUUCUAUGAAGCCUUUUUCGAUCCUUUCCAACUUUGCCUAUGAACGAAAAAAUGUAGAGCAAAGCUCAAAAAAAAAAAUUUUUUUUACUCAAAAAUAACUAUGAAUGAAAUUUUUAGAAAAACAAUAAUUAAAAAAAAAUAAGUUCUGUCCAAGGCCAGCUUUUAAAAGAGAUUUUGAAAAUCCGUCAAUUUUUAUCAGAUUUUUUUGAAAAAAAUGAACCAGCUUUUUUUCGUUUUUUUAUCGUCAUAUUGGUAAAGAAAAAAACAUUCUUGAAAAAAAUGACCGAGAUUUUUUUAAAUUUGAUCAGCGGAGACGGAAAAAUCAUGAAUUUAUCUGCGUCCCUUUUCAAGUUUCAAUUUUAAAAAAAUUAUAAAACGAUCGAUUUUUCCUGUAUAAAAUUACACCAGAAACUAAGUAAGUCAAAAAAAAAAAUCACAGAAAAAGUCGAAUUUUGGUCGAUAUGAUCCCAAUCGGAAACUUUUUACCACCGAUUUUAAGUUCAGUUUUUUUUCCAGAUGAAGAAAUUAAGGUUGAUUUGAUUUGACAGGAGGUUACGGUAGGCUUCGGGAAUUCACCGACGAGGAAAGCAACAUGUGUUUGUUGUUCAACCGCGUCGUCGACAUGGAAAAUCCGGAAAGGCAUACUGUGUCUCUGAUCGUCUCGUUGUUCGUCACCUUCUUGAGGUAGGUGGAGACGAAACGUGCGCCAGUCCUUCUUAAAGGCAUAGGGGCAGUAGAAAACGGGGUUUCAGGUGAAAGCAGUAUCUUAUAUAGUUUUUCAUUGCGAAUCAAACUGUGCUAUCAAAAAAAUUACAGAUGUGACUAUUCUUGAAGAAAAACGCAAUUUUCCUUUCGCGCCUUUAAUUUUGAAAAAUGCUUUGGAUCGGUAUACAGACAACUGUUUACAGUAGCCGUGCACGCGAUGUUGCGGACGUCUCAUUAGACUCGCAUUUUGUAAGAAAUAACCGGAUAUUUGCUUCAAAUCAAGGGUUUCUACUCUGUAAAAUCGAUUAAAAAAACAGAAAACACGCAUUGAUAAUAAAGAAAACACAAAUAGUCGCUAUCCCAAUCGAAACCUGUGCGAAAACAGGCUUGUGCGAGGGCCGGCCCGUCACCCUCCCGGCCCGGCCUUAGAAGGGCCUCAAGAAAAAAUGGCCCGCCCGGCCCGAAGCGCGCAAUUUUUUUCUUGUCGAAUAUAUCAAGUUUUUUUUACGACAAAAAUUAUGUUAUUGCUCAUUUUUUCACUUAAAGUUUAACAAAAACUAUGAUUUCAGAAGUAAAAGUCACAUUUAAGUGAAAAUAUUUCAAAUGAAAUUUUAAAUUUUUUUUUUGAAGCUUGGCCCGGCCCAAGCCCACGCGGGCUUUUUUCUGAAAAUAAGGUCCGAAACCCGGGCCGGGCCGCCCGGCCUGACGCACAAGCCUGUGCGAAAAUCCAGAAGAUGGCGAAGCCUGUUGUCCAUAGAGCAAUUUUACUUCAAAGCGCUCUUUUCGCGGGAACUCAAACUUUCCUCCCUCCGACUUUGAAUUAUUUUUUCUCCAAAACUAGGAAGUUUGGUACAUUUCCAAGUUCAUCGUUCGAUUCGCAAUGAAAAGCUCUACAAAGUACUGCUUUGAACUAUAACACCGUUUUUUACUGCCCCUAUGCCUUUAAAAACUAAGAAUUUCUAGAAUUAAUUAAAUUUUUAAGAACAACUUUAAAAAAUUUUUUAGGUCGAGAAAAAUAUAUCUGUUCUGCUGACUGUUGCUUCUCGAGAGCUGAGAAACGACGGAUGGGAUAAGAUCGAAUGGGACGUCAGACAGAAAGUCAUUGGUGAGAUCUCUUUUGAGCAUGUGACCGAAUAGCCGCGGACUUUCCAGUCUUCGAAAAAGAAUCUGACAAAAAAAGAGCCGAGGCACAACUGCCCGAACUCUUAGGAACACUGAAGGGGCUAGAGGAAAAGAAGCCCCUUUAGGUAACAAAUAGUGCUUCUAGAGGGCUGAAUUUCAGGUAGUCAAUAUAGGGUCUUAAGAUCUGACCACUAAGAUUCUAAAUUCCCUAUAGUGUUUUUUUUCAAUUUUUCGUUUUGAUUCGAAAGUUAAAAAGACGUUUUUUAUAAAAAUGUAUCGAUUAUUUCUCUGUUGAUUUUUUUUUUUCAUUCAAAUAACUCUAAUUGAUUUUUUGCGUGAAAAUGCUUCCUCUCAUAGAUUCGAUGAAAUAAAAAUGAAAAUAAACGAUGAAUGCCCCACUAGAGAGGCCACUUGAUGAAAUACCUAGAAGGACCUCUUUUGCAAGCUGCCACGUAUAGGGGUAGUCCCUCGAGGGAAACCUUCAUAUAGCCCUAAGUUGCUCUUCUAUAGACCACUCUGGCGUUCUUAAUCAGGAUUGCCGCAACAGACUUACGCGCCGGAGCAAGUGCGCCCCAUGACCGCUUCGCGGGGCACCGAAGCGGUUAUAAUUUUGGAAGAGUUCGUCAAAAUUGCUUAAUAAAAAGAAUCAAUUUCAAUUUUCUUCCACUAAUCGAUUAUUUAUUAUCUCUGCUUCUACUCUCCACGUUCUACACACUAUCUAAAGACCUGCCGUUUUCUGUUAAAUUGGCAUGUCGGCGCGCAGGUCCAUAGACAGUGUGUAAAGCGAGGAGAGUACGAGUCUGUUCUCUCCAAGUUCAAAGUGCUCUUUAACCUGAUUUUUUCACGUUAAUCCGCCGUUUUUUUUUUUUCUGUACUAGAUGAUUAUCUUGGGCGCGCCGUAGCGCAACAGGUUGUGUGCCUGUCUACGGUCCACAGGGUCACAAGUUCGAUCCCCGCCCCGACCCAACCAAGGGGUUUAAGAAAUGUUGGUAGUGGGAAACCACGACUUCAAAAUCCCCAGCCGUCACACACAAGGACGGAUAUGUCACUCGAGCCAGUCCACUGAUAUCAGGAUAGGACCUCGGCUAAUCGACUUGGGGCGCCGACGCCGCUCAAGCGGUACAAAGGCGUAGGAAGAAGAAGAAGACUAGAUGAUUAUCUUCUCAAGUUUUAUAUAUGUGUGUGCGUGUAUAUGGACGGAAUAGAUUGCACCCAAAACUUUUAUGUACUGGGUAUAAAAAGAGGUAGUCGUGAGUCAGGGGUCGGCGUCGUCUGCGGCGGCGGACGACGUGGUCGGCGAUGAGGUGGAGGCGAGGCGAGAGUUGAUAUUGAAGUGAUGAUCAGGGGAGUUAGACCCUUAUAUAGUGGUCAAAUCUUCCACGUGAUCUCUUUCUUAGUCACGCCUUUUUUACAUACUCAACAUCAAGCUUCGUGUUUCAUUGGUCAUAUGCCUUUCUCUUUUUGUUACCAAAAGAAGAUAAAUUUCAGAAUUCGAGUCCAAGAAACAGGUAAUCAUCAAUAACGAAGUUGUUCCACAGCUCCGUCAGGUUAAUUUUUAACUUUUUUUUGUAUAAUUUUCAGAAUUUUCUAGGAGGAGAUUGAGAAGAUGGAAUUGGAUUUCAACAAGAUCGUCGAACAACAAAAAAGGCUGUAGGGUUUUAUCGAUUUAUUGAUUUAUCGAUUUUCUUUAUUUAGGUGA